GCGGGACGGUCGCUGUAGCGCAUUCCAAUGUGAGCAGAGAUGUAAACGCUGUGCGGACUUUAUGUUUCCCGACCGCGUUCAGCCGCAAUUUCAAGGAAUAAAAUGUCCAACUUGAAGGAGGGCAGCAGUUGUCCUGACGGCUACAGGGAGCUCAGCACGGCGGAGCUGAGGGAGCUUUUACAAAGCGACGACAAAAUGGACCAAAUCAUUCGCCUCAAUGAGAAGUUUCAGGACCUCCAGUUUGACAGAGAGACGAUGCUGACCUCCAACCGGAGUUUGGCCGAGGAGAGCCUCGCUCAGCGACCUCGCCUUAAUAACGGCAAACUCCAACUGGCGGAGAAAUACCAGGAACUGUCCAACCUGGCAACCACAUGCUGGGAAAAACAGAGUCAGCUUGAGGCUCAUGUGCAGAAGCGCAGCCUGCAGACGGCGCAGAACCUCCUGCAGGAAGAGGUGGCACGUGCAGAGGAGCAGUCAGAGGAGCUCCUGGAGAAGUUCAUGGAGGGGAACGUAAGCCUGGACGAGUUCUUGGACUCCUUCCAAAGCUCCAGGAAGACGUAUCACAUCCGCAGGGCUCAGACAGAGAAAAUGCAAGAGCUCGCUCAGGCCAGGAAGCAGCAGGGGAAAACCAAGAGAACGGAGGAGAGCAAAGUCCCGGAAGUGAAGAAGGACUUGGAAAAGCCUCAGGAGCCUCAGCGGCCAAACGGCUUUUUAGCGCAGGGACCUCUUAGAGUGUUCCAAGUGCGCUACGGUCUCACGCCUGCCAUCCUCCUCCCUCAUUACCCCGUUUCUCCUCCUGCCUCUGCUCCAUGCCAUCAAAAUAGCACCCCCUCUGCUGAGCCCCAGCUGGGACAGACCCACAUCCUCAGCCCCAGCGCCCCACUUCCAGGACCCGGCCAGCCGGUUGGCCUCAGGGUCAUCGGACAGCUAACGGGAGGCUGGCCGGCUAACGGGCGGCCUGUGCGAGUGCAGCAGCUCUACAGGCCGAAUCCUCAACAGCCCGAACCGCCAUACCGAUAAACCGGAGGAGGAGAAAGAGGAGGAUGUAGCCGGUUCGAGGGGUCUUCCAAGACGUUGGAACCAAACAGUGGCUGUCACAAUCAUGUAAGCAAAGACUGAUCCAGAGACGGGCAGCGCUGCAGACGUCCGUUUCUGUUCUCCAUCCAUGACACACAAACGUAACACAUCGAGGGAAGGCGAGCAGAGCAGAGGGAGUGAGGCAGGGAGGACUAGGGAUGGGCUGUGAUAGCUGGUAAAACAAAUCUCCCAUUAAGCCUUUUUUAUUAAAGAGCAACAAAAACAGAAAAGGAGCAGCUUCAUGAGCAGCUGCAGAUUCAGCUGGAGUAACACUUGUAUUUGUCGGGGGUUAAGAUGAAAACUGCCCUCACAUUCAGACACUUUCAGAUUCUUAUUUAAAAUCUCUCAUUCUUUUAUUUUUCUGCAACGUCUGUAAACAAAAACGUUCCAAACUGGACUUGCCAAACUCUCUUUAAGCACACAGACUCGUCCUUAAUAGCUUCAGUGGACAUGAGUGCAUUUUUUUUUUUUUUUUUUUAAAGUUCGUUAAUCCUGUGACAUCCAAGUAGCUUAGCCUUUUGUUUUGGAGAAAAACUAACAGUAGUUUGUUUUCGGGGGGUUUUAAGUGUGUUGGAAUAUUUCUUUUUUUUCCCCCAACUGCCAAGAGAGAAUAAUUUUCACAAGCCGUGAUGAGUUUAGAGCUCAGGGAGCCAUGAUGUAGAUCUACCCGAGUCACUCCAUUGGCCUCAAACGUUUACGAGAAGCAGGUCUCUCUCUCAGUGAUAGCGACAGCUGCAGGGAUAAGUCCUAGACCUGGAGAUGAGUUUGCACCUCCGGUUCUGUCAUUUUGAAAUAAGGUCUGUGGUUAACAUGAGCUUUAGACUUUUUCCACAUUUUGUUGUACAACAGAAAAUAUGCAAGGAAAUACUCCAGUCGUGGAUUCUGAAGUUUUUACAUGUCCGAGAAAAGGAAGGGGCUACCUUUAAAGUACAAAAGUUGUCACCAAACACCCACAUAUGAUUAUUUUUAUACCAUCCAGAUUUGUUCAGGUUCAGUUCACGUGGGUUUUUUCAUAUUUAUUUUUUCUCUUUCCCCCAGUGAUCUGCACCACCUGUGAAUUUCACUCAUAAACAAAUCUGUUCAUGCGAGUGCUUCUUCCCCUUUGUUUGUUUUUUGUUGUACAUUUUUGUGAAAAGACACACCACCUCUGCAGCGUGACCGCGUACAGUCGGUGCUGUUUUUACAGCCCGCUAAAGAGGGCCACCUCAUUAAAUUACCGUGAGUGUUUGGUGUGAGUAGCUGGUGAAGUACAGUAGCCUGCGGCUUUUAAUUAAAUGCGUCACAUACGUUUAAUUAAUAUUUCAUACUUUAUGCUGCUCGGCUCAUGUUUAUUAAUUAGGCUGCCACUGUAAACAGCAGCUUUUAUUUACUGGAGAUUUGACACUUGAAAUGCUAUCGAACCCCAUCCCUAGUGAGAGGGUUUUGGGUUUUUUAUUUUUAGUUAUUUUAAUAUAUUUUAAAGCGAUGGAGAAAGAAGCACAGGGUUGUGAAGCACAUCUACGAGUCAGGGGAGACAGAGGAGGAGGAUCGUCGUUCAUUCACGCAGCCGAGGACGGACAGAGAUGUUCUGUCACCGACAUGAAGGAUGACAUCGAUAAAUUGGCGUUUGAUAUAACUCUCACUGGUUGUCAUCUCAUCAAAUAAAGCAGUGACAUUCAUACUUCACGAUCUCCGAUCGCGAGCGCCGAUAGGAGAGAUCGCCGCCGAGCAAAGUUUGAACAAAGGCGCACCGUGGAGCGGAGCAGGUGGUAUUUAUUAAUAAUUCCCAGAUUUUAACCUCGCAGUGUUAUUUGCAGUGUCAUGUGUGUUAGAAUCACAGACGAUUACCCAAAGCCUUCUGCCUCACAUCAGUGAGCGAUUUAUUUAUUCAUGUAAAUCCUAUUUUAAAUGGCUGACUUCAAAGCUUCUUGUUUACCGUGCUAAAUGAGGAGCUGCUUCUCCUUUCAAAGCAGCCCGGCGUUGUUGUUCCCCCCCCCCUCUCCCUCGAACUGAGCUGCAGAGUGAGGCGAACUUAAUCUCUAUGAGAAUGCGAGCCCUCAGUGAAAUGAGAGGAGGUUUGGGAGGUUUCCUUCUUCAUUUUCUCAUCAUGCCAUCCUGCAUCAUUUAAAGGGAAAAAAGCUUUGGAUUGUAGUUGUAAUGACUCUGCUCUUUAACAUACAUUUAGCUCAUGAAUAACUCAUAACUAUGUGCUUGCUAAAGCCUGACUAAGUACAUGAAAAUGCCUUUUUACAGGCCGGCGCCCAGUUGCAUAAAACGUGUUAUGGUAAAGAAAGAGUUGCUAUAAUUGAAGUUGUUUACCUGGAGGAAACACUGUUAAAUAAGAAAGAAGUGUGAAUGGAUACCAAGGCUCUGAGCUCUUUAACCUUCAAGUGACCGAGUCCUGUAUAUUUAUAUGUGUGGUAAAAAUGUUUGUGCUGCAAAGAUAAUAUAAAGAUGUGGAUUUUUUGUAACAUCAUGGGCUUUGAUUUUGUAAUAAUUUUCCACUUCUAAUCGCUACAUUGUGAUGUUUCUGCAGUGAACAGACGUAGAGUAUCAAGAUUUACUGUUACCGAGUCCUCGGGGCAGAAUACUUCAUUCCCAAUGUGACACAUUUUUUUAAAAAUGUGGAUAAAAAUGAUUGAAAACCAUAAUUAUUAUAUUAGAACAUCUGUCACAGAUCAGUUAAACGGCAUAGGUAUGAGAAACUCAGACAGAAACAGCUUGGUUGCUUGAGGGUUAAAGGUGGUGUUUUUGUUUUAUUUUUUAUUUAACACCUUUUACAUUUUUGUUUGUUCAUUUUGCACAUCAUUUCUAUCAUUCAGUUCAAAAAGUUGACUCCUGAGGUCUGAAGACAGGUUUAUGUCGCAGGAAGGAGCAGGAGUGUUGCGGUGUGUUUGGGUUAAACGCAAAGCAAAGUUUGCACAGCCGGGAUGCGAGUCAACGCACAUUUGUCCCACGUAACACUCCCAGAGAGGCUAAAAUGUGGCGAGUGUUACAGUGAGAAUGCGAGCGACUGUUCGACUAGUCGUUUAAACGUUGCCGUCCUCGCUAGGCGCUGAACAUAUGUAGGCAGUGGUACAUACAGCCAGAGCCUGUCCCAUUCGGACGCCCUUUGAAAUGUCACGAUCCCACCUGCUGCAGUGAUGACGGCGCUUCUUACUUUCUCUGUGAUGGAAAAUGUGCGAACAAGUGAGCUGGAAAGUGAGUCAGGAGAGAGCCGUGCUGGCCAGCACAGAUCCGCUGUGCUUUCACACAGCUGACGUAGAGCUGUUCGACCAGUCGACUGGAGAAGAACAUCUUAAACACGUUUGCAUGGACAGCGGUUAACUUCAUCUAUUAGCUGUGACGGUUUUCUUUAAGCUAGUUGACUAGUCGUGGAUUUUUUUCCCACGUUUAAACAACUAGUACAUCACCAACACGACCUCCUGUGACUCCUGAUGCCGCAGAUGAUCAAAAAAGGAGGAUAAGCUUGUUGUUUGUAAGCAGCCGGGAAUUUUCUUUUAUAUAGAGACAGAAAAAAGGGAGGGCAGUCAUGGUAGGACUUCCUGAUACCUUCAGGUAUUGGUUGUACUUUGCAUAAAAGUUGUCUUGCUAGUUGCGACGGGACCAAAAAAAUAAAAAAUAAAAUAAAAUAGCUAAAGUGACUGUUCAUGAGACAAAACCUCGCUUUGCACUUACUCUGAACACAUCGAUAGGAGACUCAAAAUGUCUGGGUAAAAAAAAUACCCCUGAUUACUUUAACUGCUAACACCUUUGUGUCUUGGGCGUCUUUUCUAAAUGUUUUGAAGGGCAGAUUGUACUUUACCUCUGAUCUAAAAGAACCAACCAGUUCUCGGCCUUCUAAUUAAUGCAGGCAGCUUUUGUUUGACUUUUCUGAACUAAAUGGGCUACAUUCAUUUUAUUUUUCUCCUGUUGUUUCCAUGUGUCUUUGUUUUUGUUUGUUUUUUAUGCUGUUUUUGUUUUUAUUU